AUGGGCAUCCCAGCAAACAUGAAGACGGUGUUGAUCACCGGCUGCACCCCGGGGGGAAUCGGCCACGCCUUGGCCAAGGAGUUUCAUGCCAAAGUAACCUCGUGGCCAGGACUCCACGUCAUCGCAACAGCCCGUCGGCCCGAAGUGCUCAAAGACUUGAGCGACCUGGGCCUGACGACCCUUCCGCUUGAUGUGACGAACGCCGAGAGCAUCGCCGCCUGCAAGAAGGAUAUUACAGAGCUGACGGGAGGUCGUCUCGACUUUCUCGUCAACAACGCAGGUCUGACCCACACCGUACCGGCUACCGAUAUCGACAUGGACGAGGUUCGACAGACAUUUGAGACGAACGUGUUCGGUGUCAUGGCCAUGGUCCAGGCUUUUGUACCCCUGUUGAUCCCAGCUCGAGGCCUCAUCAUCAUGAUCAGCAGCCUUUCUUCCAUCUCGCCCUACGUCUUCGGUUCGGUGUACACGGCGACCAAAGGAGCCCUGAACUCCUACAGCCGCACUCUUCGCCAGGAGCUGCGUCCUUUUGGUGUCCGUGUCAUGGUCUCCAUGACCGGAACCGUCAAGAGCCAGAUCGCCAAGCUCAACCGCGAGCUGCCGCCCAACUCCCUCUAUGCUCGGGCCAAAGACGUGUACAUCAAGCGCCUGACGUUUUCUCAAAACAACGCGACUGUCUCAACCGAGGAGUUUGCCCAGCAACUUGUCGCGGAGGCCUUGAAAGGCGAAGGCUGGCUGGGCGGCUGGCUUGGUGGUGCCAGAAACUGGUUCUGGGCCGGCGGUAUGGCUGGAACAGUCUGGUUUGUCAGGCUGCUCUUCGGGGAGUGGUUGCUGGAUGAGCUCUCCUACAGAAAGUUUGAACUGCCCAAACUCGAAGCAAUCGUCAAAAAGGAGGGAGUGAAACGGUCGGACUAG